AUGUUCGAAGGAGUUGUUAAUCAGGUCAUUUCGGGUUUUCUCGGUCGCUACUUCAGAGAUAUUCAGAGACACCAGCUCAAGUUCACCCUAUGGGAAGGGGCACUGUUCUUGGAAAAUCUAGAGCUAAGUCUUGAAGCCUUUGAUUAUCUCCAGUUGCCUUUUGCUCUAAAGCAAGGGCGGGUUGGAAAGCUAAGCAUCAAAAUUCCUUGGAAAAAGCUUGGUUGGGACCCCAUCGAAAUUGUUUUAGAAAAUGUCUUUCUUUCUGCGUCCCAACGGGAUGAUCAAGAGUGGAGUUUGGAUGAAGUUGAAAGACGAGAGCUGGCUGGAAAAAAGGCCAAACUUGCUGCAGCAGAGCUGGCAAAACUAUCAAAACGUGUUUGUGAAAAUCAGGCUGGGCUUAUAUCAUAUAUUUCUGCAAAGGCUCUUGACAGCAUCCAAGUGUCAAUCAAAGAUUUUCAUAUCUUGUACCAUGACAAGCUGAGUGACUCGGCGUAUACUGUGUUCGGCUUAAAGUUGUCCAGCUUGAGGACAAUGAAGCAAAAUCCUUUUGGGUCAUCAGGUGGACAAGGGGGCCAAGAUAAUAAAUUUGUGGACAUUACGGGUUUGGAAUUUUAUUGUGGCACAUUUCAUGGAGCAAUGGAAUUGAUGACUAUGAAAAAUGGUGGUGACUCUGAAUUGUGGCACAAUACAAGAUCGGACAGAGAAAGAUAUGACUCUAUAUUGUCACCUUGUGAUGUUUCCCUGUUACUUUCGGUCAACAGAUCAGGACAGCUUGAUAACAAUAAUCCACAGUACUCUAUCAAUGCUGAGAUAACUGGCUUGGUGAUGUCUUUAAAUGAGGUUCAGUUGCAACAGAUUUUAAUUCUGUGGGAUUACCUAUGCACAUCUGAAUUGAGAAAUAAGUAUUGGCGGUAUCGUCCAUGGUGUAGUCUGUUAUCCAAAAAAAUGAAGGGCUGGCAAAUACUGUGGUGGCGUUAUGCGCAAGAAUCUAUCCUAUCAGAUGUUCGUAAGAGAUUAAGAAAAUCCUCGUGGAGAUACUUUGGACAGAGACUAAGUUCUUGCCGGAAGUAUGUUAACCUAUAUAAAACUAAGCUGGAUUUUCUUCGCCAUUAUCAGUUACACUAA